UAACAAGUCGAUAGACAUACGACUGUCAUAAAUUCAUCCAUACGUAAAUACCACGAGGAGGGCUCAACAAACUAACUGAUAAGUUUGAUAAGCACUCCUGUGUAAUUUAAUAAUAAUUCUUCCAUCAAUUCUUAUCAAUAUAAGUGGAGCGUCGGUUGUGACAUGAAGGAAUCGUCCUUAGCGCUUAUUAGAUUGUUGAUUUUUUUAAACAUGACUACACACAGAUUGAGUGUAAUAGAACAAAUUGGUACAGUCUCCUAACACUUAGCAGACAUAGUUAAGUUGACCAUUAAAAGUGUGAGUUAAAAGUGGUAAUUUGUGAUAUGAAUUAGUGCAUGUGUGAAAUGUCUUAUUGGCUUGACAGAGGCAGGCCUUUGUCUUCGUCAGAUUCACCCGAAAGACGUGCCCUUGUUCUACCAUUUAGAGUACCGAGGAGUUAUGGGAGCAUUUUUCCAUAUUAUCGUUUUAUGAGAGAAACAUUGAGUGAACCAAUGCCGAAUGAGAAUGUGUUUAUGAAAAAAAAAACUAAAUUAGGUAUUAAUUUAAAAACUAAAAGUGGUUUGGUCGUCGUCGGCGGGGAGUAUCUCGUUUCGGGCGAUGGUAUCUGCCUCGCCGUCGUCAGAUCGGCACAGUGUGUUCGGACACCGAGCGACAUGCUGCCCUCCGAGAGAAUCGCACAUCGCACCGCCUCUGCGAUCUUCAAGCGGCUAUCGUUAGCCGCCUACAGUACCUAUUCUCUUGUACGUAUCGGUCCGCGUUCAUUCAUCGCAACCGCCCUCCGCCCGCCCUCACUACGGCGCGCUCUGAAUAGUAUCCGCCCAUCGUGA